UUGCGCGCGCGCUCGGGCGGGCGCGGGAAGGAGGGAAGCACGUGCUGAGAAACAGAAGCUGUUGGGCGGCGGAGAAGGAGCACGACGACGACGACGAUUCUCUUCUUGCAUUGAAUAUUUUCCUGGGUUGUCAAGCUUAGUUCGGUAUCUUCGUUAAAGAAUAUGGCGUCUACUGAUAUUAAAGUAAAGCAAUUAGACAAGCGUUCUUCAGGCCAAGCUUUUGAGAUCAUUCUGAGCCCUACAGCCGAAGCAAUUCCAGAGUUUCCUCUUUCUCCCAAGAAAGAUCGAUCACUUGAAGACCUUCAAAAAAAGAUGGAAGCUGCAGAAAACAGACGAAAGUCACAUGAAGCUGAGGUUCUGAAGCAGUUGGCUGAGAAACAGGAGCAUGUAAAAGAAGUGCUUCAAAGAGCAAUUGAAGAAAAUACCAAAUUCAGCAAAAUGGCAGAAGAAAGACUGAUUUCCAAGAUGGAGCUUAUUAAAGAAAACCGUGAGGCCCAGUUAGCUGCUAAGCUUGAGCGCCUUCAUGAGAAGGACAAGCACCUAGAGGAAGUGAGAAAGAACAGAGAAAGUAAAGAAACUGAAGAAAUGGUUUAACCAUGUCUGUUGUAGUAAUUGUAUUCAAACAAUUUUCAAAGAGCACUUACAGCCAAUGUGUUGAACGCAACCCUAUUGAAACAUGUAACCAGAUACUUUUUGAAAUGGGAUGUAGGGGGGUGGGGGGACCUGGGAUACUAGAAUUUACUCUUUUUGAUGAUUUCGUUUUAUCUCUCCAAACGCAUUUUUUCUACUUAUGCAUUGCAUGUACUGUGCAGAAAUGAAAAUGUUCAAGUGUAGUUUUCAUCUGCUUUGCCCCUUGAUAUCUGUCAUGCUAAAUGUUAUAUUUUUUGUCUUGACUUAACAUGCCUAAUUGAAAUCUCUAAAUAAAACUGAAUAAUUGCUGCCUA